GGACAACCAAUUCACCAAUCAUCGACCGCGGUAAGUUGCACUGAGACGUACAUCCUGAUCAAUGGAUAGAAUUAUGUAGCGCUUUAGGUCGACGGCUAGAUCAAUAUCCAGUCCUUGCGGCAUCUUAACUAGGAUGGAUCUUGAAGGCAGUGCAAUUAACUUUGUCGCUUCGAGAAUACGCAUCCAAGCAAGGUAGGCAAGAAAUAUGAUAUAAGAUUGUAGUCUUGGCCCUUCCAAUAUCUUCUGGGGAGUUGAAUUCUUCAGGCCAGCUUCAUUCUACUCAGCAAGUUAUAAUAUUCUCGUCUAUAGUAGGGGCUCAUUUUUACAUUCGUCCAACAUGGCUUCAGGUUUACCCAUAGCCUUGCUUAUUAUUUACAUCACGGUAUCCCUACCAACAAUCUAUAUCGCCUUCAAGCACGGAGUCAGACAUGCUGCUAUCAUUGGCUGGGGAUUUCUCUUCAUCUUUUGCACACUCAGAAUCAUAUCUAGUGCAAUCGAAUCAAAGGAUUCGACUAGCACCGGUGCUGCUCUAAUUGCCAGUAUCGGUCUAUCCCCUCUCCUCGCUUCAGUAUGCGGCGUCCUACAUGAAGCGCGUGCCUAUCUUAUUCCGAAGUCUCGAAGACCCGCCGACGUAACGUUUCUCGUCUUCUUUCACUUCCUCGUCACGACAGCAAUCGCGCUUGUUGCCGCCGGUGCAUCGAAGCUCGACAACACCACGUUACCACCGGACCAGAUGAAGCGCAGCCACAAUUUAGUGAAAGCAGGCAUGGUUAUGCUACUUCUCAGUUGGAUAUCUCUCGCGUUACUCGUCUUCAACACAUUCUACCAGAGUCUAGCUCAAAGGGCAAGCAAGGUAGGAGGAAGUGGGGGUACGAAGCUACUUCUGGCAGUCACCUUCUCUAUACCUUUUCUAGGUAUACGGGUACUCGAGCGACUUAUUUACUUCUUCACUGAAAACCAGGCGUUGAAUCCAGUGACGGGAAGUCUUGGCCUAAGAGUUGGGUUGGAGGUUAUAGAGGAGCUUAUUGUGACUUUCAUGUUGCUCGUCGCGGGUAUUAUGACGCGGAACAUUAAGUCCGCCCCCACGGAAGCCAUUUAUUAGGCCGAGGGGCCUCUUCUUUGGGGUAGUAGAUCAAAGGGUUAAGAUGGAUAAGACGACGAUUUAGUCGAGCAUCGGAAGCGACUCGCAUGGGAUUAUGCAUUAGAUACGCCGUCAUUGGUUCAUUUGGGCUGGAUAUUUCGAUAAUUCUCAGGCAGGAUAUUUUAUAGAGAGGUAUUUCAAGGUCAUGCCCAUUGAUUGCAGGGACCUGUUGGCUCUUGCGUUUUCAUACUUGUUCGUGAUAUGUCAUUUGGGGCCGACAACUGCUCUGGGCGGGAAGACCCGUGGAGUCCCAAACCGUGAGAAAAAGAAAUAAUUAGGGAAAUAUUCCAUUCUGGACUUCCCCACCACCCAGUAGCGGAUCAGCGAAAAUGUGGCGGCGUGCUUGCAUAGCAUCUGCGGGGGCAUCGGCGCAUGCAAGAUACUGUUACAAGAGCAACUAGGUGGGUGGUAGGUGCCAAUAUGAUGAACAUAUCGCGUAGCCAUGCAGGAUGGGAUGUUAGUUGGCUCUUGAAGUGAGAAGUUUCGCGAGGCUUAUAC